UGGCAUCCAUCCCUCCCCGCAACCUCUCCUCUGCCUUGUCUCUCACGAGCUUCUACCUCUCUCAAGCUUAACAUGUCGGCUGUUGCACGUAUCCAGUUGGCGUCCAAGGUGGCUGCACCCAUGGCAUCUAAAGCUCUGGGUGUCUCUUCUUCCCGCUUCUUCACGGGCACGGCACGUGCUCAGAACAAGGUAACCGUCGUGGGUGCCGCGGGCGGGAUCGGGCAGCCCAUGUCCCUUCUCCUCAAGCUGUCGGGGAAGGUCGAACACCUGUCUCUCUUCGACAUCGUCAACACGCCUGGCGUUGCUGCCGACAUCUCCCACUGCAACAGCAAGGGAAAGGUGACCGGGCACAAGGGGGCCGAGGAAAUGGCCACCGCAUUGGACGGCGCAGACGUCGUGGUCAUCCCAGCGGGCGUGCCCCGCAAGCCAGGAAUGACACGUGACGACUUGUUCAACACCAACGCAUCGAUCGUCAAGGGCAUCGCCGAACAGUGCUCCAAGAGCUGCCCCAAGGCGUGCUUCCUCAUCAUCUCCAACCCCGUAAACUCGACCGUGCCCAUCUUCGCCGACGUGCUCAAGGCGAAUGGCGUCUACAACCCACAGAAGCUCAUGGGUGUCACCACCCUCGACGUGUGUCGUGCCCAGACUUUCAUCGCAGAAAACCAGGGCAUGGAUGUGGACAAAUUGGACGUGACGGUUAUCGGAGGGCAUGCGGGCACCACUAUCAUGCCCCUCUUGUCUCAGGUGGAGGGAGCCAAGUUCUCGGACGAGGACAUUAAGGCCUUGACCCACCGCAUACAGUUCGGCGGCGAUGAGGUGGUCCAGGCGAAGGAUGGGGCUGGCUCGGCUACCCUUUCCAUGGCACACGCCGGCGCCUACUUCGCGGGCAAGGUUCUGGACGGGCUGAACGGCGUAGAGGGGGUGACGGAGUGCGCUUUCGUGGAGAGCGACCUGACGGAAGCCCCCUUCUUCGCAUCGCCGUGCACUUUGGGCAAGGACGGCGUGAGCAAGGUCCACGGGUUCGGCAACCUUUCGUCCUUCGAGCAAGCCCUCGUGGACGACAACGUACCAGCUCUCGUAAAGAUGGCGCAGAAGGGCUCAGAUUUCGUCAAGAACAACUGAUACCCCUUAAUUUUUUCUCGGUUUUCGACGGCAACCGGUGGUGGAGAUGUGCAUGGCCUUGAUUUGAUACACGAACUCUAAGACCAAUUGAGACCCGUCUCGAUGUUAUUUAAGUAGCCUUGGGGGGAGAAUAAUCGUGCUUGUUCUCGUUUUUUUUUUUGCGUGUGUGAUCCGAUCUUACCGAUCUUGAACACGUCUAGAAAGCGAAAUACGGAAAAAAUCAACAAGUACGAUGCGAUGUGAUUGGGAAAAGGGGUGGACCAGAGAAUGUGUCGUAUCUAGCCUGGCCUGAAGUUACGUACGGAUUUGUCGCCAGUUGGUUGCGGAAAGAAACGGCUGCAUGCUUUUGUGUUGUCCCGGAAGCGCCAACGAGAGGAUCAUGCCCUAGCCCUAUAAAGGAGAAAGAUGAUGUCGGAAACG